GUACGUAAAGGCUGCUAGUAGCCGCCUCCCGUGAUGCGUCAUCUUAACUUCUGACAACCUCCCAAUAUCCAGUAUAAUUAAGGAGCCCACAUUACUUUUUUCUUAUGAAGUGCAGCGACCGGCACUAGAUUCUGACAGCACCCCUCCCUAAAAUGUCAUCCCAGGCGGACGCGAACAAGCCUGCGACCGAGGCAGGCGCAGAGUCACCCACAACGGCACGGCCUCUCGAAAUGGACGACGACGAUGUUCAGGAUACCGGUGUCGUUGCCAGCGACGACGCGCCGGGUACCGGCUCCGGCGCAGACCCCAAGGUGACGACGACGGCCACGACGACGCCGCUACCCGCUGCCGUAACAGAUGUCCCAGAAGCCGCGUCCGACGAAGCGCCCCCUCCAAAGCCCCCUCGUCCUUUGACGGAGGCACAGAAGAACGAGAUGAUCCUCAAAGAGGCGUUCCCGUCCGUGGACAACUCGGUCAUCAAGGCAGUCCUACGAGCCAGCAGCGGACGGGUCGAGCCGGCGUUCAAUGCGCUGUUGGAGAUGACCGAUCCAGACGCUGCCAAGAACGAACCAGAAGAUGCCCCGCCGCCCCAACCUCGACGACCUCAGGGUCACACGCCUAUGUCACAAGUCGAGGCAGACGAGCUCUACGCAAGACAACUAGCUGAACACUACGACAACGUGGGCGCAUAUGAGGCGAGAACCUCGAACCGUUCUCGCGGUGCUCAGCACCCCUUUGACGACGACGAUCGCGAGCAUAGCUUCAUCGACGACGACCUGCCCGUCAUUCGCGAAAACCUUCGCAAGGGCUUCCUCGAGACUCAGACCAAGGUUAAUGGAUGGAUCACGAACCUGAGAAAGAAGAUUGAGGACGGGUUUGACGAGACGGAGGAGCCGACGCAACGACAGGGCUCGCCGUUCCGGCGCCCCGGUGAGGCUAGCCGCAGAAGCGGCGACUACGACAGAUACGAUGCCGACCCGCAGGUUCUGAGUGAUGACUUUGCAGGUAUGAAGUUCUCUGCCGACGGGACACCCGCCAACCGUACUAACCCCACUCUGCACCGACCGCCGCCUCCAUCCUCUUCUCCCAGACCCAGCGACGGACGACGCGUGGGGUUCAAGGAGGAGACUGAGGAGAUCAACAUGUACGACACGUCGCCCAGGGUGCCGCCCAAGGACACGCCUUCGUCGGCCAUGAAGCCGAGCAAGUGGCAACCGCUUUCGACCGUCGAGCCGGCUCCGAUGGCAGACAACGACCCGUUCAGCCUGGGAGACAGUGAGGAUGAGAAGGAUGCCAAGGACGUCAAGGAGAAGCCCAAGGACUCCAAGACAGAUGAGAGCGAGAGAUUGAAGAAGGCUGCGGCGGAGGCCAUGGCUGACAGUCUCGUGGACCCUACCAAAGAGGGUGACGCGGCCGGCAAGAAAAGCUGAAGCUCGCACGCCUCGUUCCGUUAUCUUGAGACGAGGGCUGGCGCUCGCAUUUAGCUGGGCGACCGGUUUUUCGGGUAGGACCACAAGAUGGUGGAGGACUGUUGCUUCCUGUUGCGGCGCAAGACGCAGUGCAGUUACUUAUGUCUCUCAGAACUGAGACCUGGUAGAUACCCUAUUCAGGCCUGGAAAGUGGAACAUGAAUUGAGCAGCAUGGAGUCGAAUACGAACGGCAAUCCAAGCCUGGAAGAGGUCGCUCGUGCAGUAGCGUUUCCAACAAAUCAUCGCUUCCACUCGCUGGUGCUAGAC